AUGCUGGCCGUCCUGUUCACAGCCACCUUGCUGGCCCUGAGCUCUCUUCAGAGCUUCAGUGAAGCAUUCCCCCAUGGUCCUCCUCGUCACCAUGAUUUGGGUCCUAAGCAUGGUCCAUCUCAGCUAGGCCCACCCCAGCGAGGCAGACCUCAGCAAGGCCCACCCCAACAAGGCCCACCCCAGCGUGGCCCACCCCAGCAAGGCCCACCCCAACAAGGGCCACCCCAGCAAGGCCCACCCCAGCAAGGCCCACCCCAACAAGGCCCACCCCAACAAGGCCCACCUCAGCGUGGCGCACCCCAGCAAGGCCCACCACAACAAGGCCCACCCCAACAAGGCCCACCCAAACAAGGCCCACCCCAGCAAGGCCCACCCCAGCGUGGCCCACCCCAACAAGGCCCACCCAAGCAAGGCCCACCCAAGCAAGGCCCACCCAAACAAGGCAAACCUCAGCGUGGACCACCCCAGCAAGGCCCACCCCAACAAGGAGGUCAACAGCAGAACCAAGGCCCACAGCAAGGAAACCAACAAGGCCCACCUCAACAAGGAGGACAACAGCAGAACCAAGGCCCGCAACAACAAGGAGGCCAACAGCAGAACCAAGGACCUCAGCAAGGAAACCAGCAAGGCUCACCCCAACAGGGAGGCAGACCUCAGGAAUCUUCCCAGGACUAG